AUGCUAUUAAAAACAAAGCUAUUGUUAACUUAAUUGAUGUUAUAAAAUUUAAUAAGUUUGAUAUAAGCUGGCAAUUAAUAGACUAAAGAGAUGCUAGUCUUAACUGAAAAUGCUAUUGGAAUAUUAUUGAAUUUAAUCAUUUUCUGUCUCAUUUAUUAAAAAUAGAGAGAGGACAUCAUUAACAUAGUGAUUCAAUUUUAGAUAAUUAUUUAAUUGGAAAUUAUAUUUUACAAUGUUCAUAGCAUUAACAAUUACUUCCUACUAAUCUAUAUACUUACAAUUGAAAACAUAUUAAAAAAUAGCAAUAAAUGUUAUUAAAUUUUGACUCAUUUGCUAUGCUUAUACAUAUCUAUAAGGAUGAUGAUAUAAUUUUACUCGCAAUAAACAAUGUUCGAAUUCAUAUUAUUUGUUCUCUGGUAACCACUCAACCAUGCUCUCUUGCAUUUAGAAAAAUAAUCUUUAGAAAAAACUACAACAAGUCCAAAUAAUCCAACUCAAAAGUAAGCCAAUCCUCAUGCUCAUUUGAGUUAUGGGGAUCAAUUCUAAUAAGAUUUUCUAGAUGAGAAAUCUCCAAAUCCAGAAAAGAAUGCAAGUGUUACUUUAGAUGAAGAUCUUCUUAAUUGUCUACCAUAUGGAUUGGCUUUGAUAGAUAAAAAUUAUCAUGUACUUAAUCACAAUAAAAAGCUAUUAAAUUAUUUAAUGGUUUAAACAACUGAAUAAAUAGUAAAUUCCUUAGAUUAAUUAUUAUAAAAGUAAAUCUAAACUUUAUUCAUAUAGUGCUGAGCUCAACUCUUUUAAAACACAUCUUCAUGCUAAAUAUAAGCCAACAAUUGUUCCUCUACGAAAGCUCAAAUAAAGUUCGGCAAACCAAUAUUAAGUUAGUUCUGGGAGAACCUUGAAUUAAACUAAUUGGCUAUCAGAUCGAUUAAAAGUAAAUUUAAAAAGUAAAGAAUCUUUUCAAUCAAAUAUUCAUGAUGAAGUUACAUAUUCAUAUGUAUAAUUUGUUAUGAACGAAUUCUAAUCCAAUAUCCAUAGAUAAAUGAGUAAUGGAUAAGAUAGUCAAUCUAGGACAUCUGAAACAACACAUAUGUUCUAAUUUCAUGUAGUUUAAGAUGUAAAAUCUAAAAAGAAACACUUUUAAAUCAAAGUUUAUGAAGUCAAGUUAUAAGUAAAAUCUAUUGAUCCAGUAUAUUUGUUUGUGAUAGAAAAUAUUACAAAUAAAGAAGAACUCAAAGAACUUACUUUUAGAUUUAAAUUUCAAUAGGCAUUGCUUAAUUCUUUUAGUCAUGAAUUGAGAACACCAUUAAAUUGUUCUUUGCCUUUAAUGGAAUUAUUAAGUAAAAAGAUUGAUUAAGAACUCUAUGAAACUUUACUUUUACCUGCAAUUACUUCUAGUAAAAGAUUAUUAUUAUAAAUAAAUGACAUUUUAGAUUAUGCAUAAAUAGAAUGUUAGGAUUUCAAACUAAAUUUAGGUAAAUUUUGUGUUACUGAUAUUUUAAAUGAUUUAAAAUAAUUAUUUUAAUCAGAAUGUCAAUAAAAAUAAAUUGAAUUGAUUUUAAAUUUUAAUAGUUCAUUAUAACUUUGUAGUGAUAAAUUAAGAGUUACUUAAAUUUUAGUAAAUUUAUUGAAUAAUUCUAUUAAAUUUACAAAAUAAGGUGGUAGAAUAGUACUUUCUGUAAAAAAAAGAGAUAAUUAAUAUGUAUUUUCAGUUUGGGAUAAUGGAGAAGGGAUUAGCAGUGAUUAAAUGUUAAAUAUACAGAAUAAACUUUUUGAAUAAAAUGGAUCAAAUAAAUUAGGACUAGGACUAAGAGUUUCUUAGGGGAUAGUAAAAUUUUUAGGUGGAGAUGGAGAAUUGUAAAUUAAAAGUGAAAAAGGAUUCUAUACUGUUGUGAGUUUCUCUAUAGAUGAACAAAUAUAAAUAGGAAUUAAAGAACUAGAAUCUUCUAUAAAAGAUGUUGAAGAGAUUGCUUCUAAUUCUAAAGAUUUAGCUUAAAGAGUUUAUGUUUCAUCAAAGAAGUUUUUAAAUUAAUAAUGCAAAUGUCCUUAAAUAUUAAUAGUUGAUGAUGUACCAUUUAAUCAUAUAGCAUUGCUUGCACUAUUAUAAGCAUUUGGAUGGAAAGCAGAUAGUGCUUAUGAUGGUGAUUGUGCAAUUCGUAAAGUAAAAUAAAAAUUGCAUAAUACUUGUUGUAAGAUCUUUAGAUUGAUAUUUAUGGAUAUUGAAAUGCCUGGAAAGAAUGGAUUUGUGGUUAGUAGUGAAGUAUAGAUGUAUAAAUUAAUUAGAGAUCUAGGAAAUUCUUCGAAAAGAAGGAUAAAAGACUGUUAUAGUAAUGUGUUCAGCUUAUAAUGGAUAAGAGAAUGCCGAAAAAGCCCAUGAGAGUGGUAUGCAUGAAAUAGUAUCUAAACCAAUUUCAUUAGAUUCCUUGCAAAAACUUUUAGGAAAAUAUUUUUGUUGAUAUAUUUUAUCUUGUUAUAUUACAACAUUAAUUAAUAAUUUAGAUAAAAAUAAAAAAAUAUUUGUCAUCAUCAAUUAAUUAUAAUGAAAUUCCAUAAAAAUUAUAAUUAUUAUUUUUAAUGUUCAUUUCAUUGGAACAACCUCUACUUUCAAAAAAAUAAGUAGAAAGUAAUAGAAUGAGUAAGAAUGUGCAAAUGCAAAUUUUUAACUAUGUUCAAUAGGAUGAAAAUGUGUCAUAGCUUGAAGAUGUUCCAAUAGCGACCAAGAAAUUUUUAAGAUAUACGAAUGGAAUUGAAGCAUAUUUAAAUGCAUUUCCUUCUUUCAAUCCUGAUCAUUGGGCAAUCUUUUCUUGGCGUUUAUUUAUCUGCUUCAUAGUUAUUAUAUAUUUCUAUUUAAUACCUGUACUUAUGUUUUUUGGAUAUGAAGUAAAUUGAAAUUUAAUAAAUUAGAUUAUCUCUGAGAAUUUGCGUAUUGAGAAUAUUGCUGUAUUUUUAUAUAUAAUGUUAUCUUUUUUGAUAAUUGAUAUCUUCAUCACUCUCAAUACAGGAUAUUAUGAUAAGGGAUAAAUAGUAUUGGAUAAGCAUAGUAUUUUUGUUAGGUAUGUUACUUAAGAAUUCUUAUUUGAUAUAAUAGCAAUAUUAGCAUUAAUUUUAUAAGUAUCUUUUCGAGAUCACUAUGCCUUUUUAAUUUGGAUUCCAUAUCUCUUUUAUUUCAAAUACUAUUAUGUUACUCUUGUAGAUACUUAAGUGGAAUAAUUAUUAUAAGUGCAAAGGAAACUGAGAGCAUUUUAUUAAAUACUUAAAUUAGUUUUGACAAUCUUUUUUUUGGUAAAUUUAUUUGCUUGUUUAUUUUAUGCAGCAGGAGAUUAUUGGAUUAAUUAAAGAUAAGAUUAUGGAUCAUGGCUUAUUGUAUCUGGAUUACAAAAUGAUAUAUAUUUAUUACCAGCAACAAUAAAAUAUGAAUAUUCAUUUUAUUGGGCUUUAACAACAAUGUUAACAGUUGGUUAUGGUGAUGUAACAGGUAAAAACCCUUUAGAAAUAUUUGUUUCUAUUAUAACAAUGAUUUUUGCUUGUGUUAUAUUUGCUAUGAUAGUCAGUGCAUUUUAAAAUGUUUUUUCAGAAAUUACUUAACAUAAUAUGGAAUUUGAUAAAAAAAUGACUGACAUAAAUAGAUUCAUGAAAGACAAAAAUGUAAUAAAAUUGUUAUAUAAAUAAUAGAUUGAUUUGGAAACCUAACAAAAAGUAAGGAGAUUCUUUAGCUUUAUGUUUAGUGAAAAAGUGAGAGAUUUUAAUGAAUAGAUAUAAAUAAUUAAUUAAUUAGGACCUUAAUUAAAGGAUGAAGUAAUAAUGCAAUCAUAUGGUUUGAUAUUCAAAAGAACUUUCUGGACUAGUUAAUUUUCAUUAGAGUAUUGAUAUUAAUAAUAAUUUAUAAGUUUUCAAAAGAAAAUUGCCUAUCUAAUUAGUGAAUAGAUGUAUUGUGAUGGAGAAAUAGUGUUUAAAUAAAAUCUAUUUAGUUUGAAUGGGAAUAAUGAUGAUGAUUGUCUUUAUUGUGUUAGUAUAGGACAUAUAUAAUUGUAUCUAUAAUUUGAAGAUUAAGAUAUGAAUUUUUAUGAAGCAGAAUAAGAUUCAAUGUUUGGAGAACUAGGAUUCUUAACAGGAAAUCCAAGAAGUUUGUCAGCAAAGAGUACAACUAUAUCUUAAUUGUAUAAACUUAAAAGAUUGGAAUUUAUAUAAUUAUUAUAAUAGUUCCCAUUAGAUUUUCAAUACUUUUGUUAACUUAGAGAUUAAAUCUUAUUUGGAUAAUACAAUUUGAUCAAUCUAAGUUGUUUUUGUUGUUAAUCAAGUAGUCAUUUAGCUAAUGAUUGUCCAAAAUCACAUUACUAUCCUAAUAAGAUAUUCUUAAUCAGUCGAAUCAUGAAAAAUUAAUAAGAAAGAUAACAAUUCAAAAGAAAUAAUGUGAGAAGAGAUAAUUUAAAUUUAAUAAAAAUUUAGAAAGCUUAGUAAUAAGUCAAAUAAGAAUUGUCACUUGUAUAUGAAUUAGAAGAUAUAGAUUAACUUAGUAAAUCUUUAAGUGUAGAUUUUAUGCAUGAUACAUAAAGUUAAAUUAGUGAAUAAGAUAUAAAUCAUGAAUUUGAUCUUGUUAAUGAAAUUGUUAAUAGAUUAGAAUAAAAGAAGAAAUAAGCACUCAUUGAAAUAGAUAUAAAAUGCUCCUAUAAGAAUUAUUAUCCUAAAUACAAUGCAGAAUAUAUUAUUUAGCAUUUUAAGAAAGAGAGAAGAUUCACCAGAGCAUUUACUAGAUUUAUUUGA